AUGGCACCCGAAUCGCUGUUCCACCGAAAGUACACCUCCAAGACUGACGUGUGGUCGUUCGGAGUGCUGCUUUGGGAGAUCGUCACCCUCGGAGCCACGCCCUAUCCAGGAAUGUCCAAACAUGACGUAAUGGACAGUGUGCAGCAAGGCUACAGGAUGAGGAAACCGCCGCACUGUGAUAGCAGCCUCUACAGCCUCAUGCUGAGUUGCUGGAAUGAUCAUCCUGACCAGAGGCCUGAGUUCCAGAACAUCGAGGAGACUCUGCGAACACUGAUGCAAAGGGAACAGGACUACAUCAAUCUGUCCCGCCUGGAUGAGGAUAAAUACACAAGCCUCCGGACUGUUACAGACGAGAAGUACUAG